UCAAAGUGGUGAAAACCAUCCAAAUUCACCUAAGUUAUCAUAUUUUCUGUUGUAUAAGUGUAAAUCGAUUGACGGUUUCGUAGUAUAUGAGCAUCCUGUAAAAGACAGUCUGAUAUAUUCUCAUUCAAUUUGACAUGGUUGAGAAAUGUGAAACAGGCACAGAAAAGAAGAUUACCGUCUGGCCUUGCCUAGAAAAGUCGAUACUGGUGAUGUUGUAUUCAAGACACUGUUGCAUGUUUAGUUUGAAUAGCUUGUUUCAAUGCAUAUAUAAGUUUGGAUUGUGUUAGAGAAGAUUGGAAUUAUGGAAGAGAAUAUAUCAAUUACGAUGCUUUGAUGCAAAGAAGAUGUAAGGUUUGAGAAUGGUACAACUUUACUACUACGAGACCAGAGGAAAAUGCUGUCGAAAAGUUUUCAAUCAUGAAGAAGCUCCUAUAAAGAUACACUUAUUUCCUUAUGAAGGAUGGGCUCAGCCAGCUCUCUCAUCCUACUGGGUGCUUAAAACAUACUGGUGGAGCAGAUCACGCGUUAAAAUAACUGAAGUAACGGGCUCUCAAAAACGUGCAAUAAGAGGGAAAAUCCAUUAUUUAAAAAACGGCUCUAUAGUUUUAUCUGGAAAAGUCAAAGGGGAUAAUCAUUUUUGGUUUAGGAUGAAUUUAACGUCAAAUGUCAGUAAUGAAGAUUUUCAACAAGGGUACUGUGUUACAGGAACGCUAGAAAGGGGAGACAAAAAGCAUAGUAAAGGGAUGAUUUUAACACAUUAUGCCAUGAUUAAAAGAAGAGGAUAUUGAUCUUGCAAAGUUCGCAAAGAGUUCAUUACAAGAACUAAUCAAAUGAUUGUUAAGAAGAGGUUGUUUUUUUCUCGCGAAAUGAACGAAUGAUAGAAUAUUCAGCCAUCUGAACCUUAUUUUGUGCAUUGCAAUUCCGUUUUGUCUUUUUUCAAUAAUCUCAAUGCUUCAUUAUAUUGAUUUUGAAAAGAAUAUACAGGGUAUUAUAAACCCUUUGAUUUGUUUUGUACAAUAUAAAUUUUGCUGAUUAGCAUAUAUUGUUAUUAAAUUGUUUGUUAUGUCCUUAUCAACCAGACAUAUAAGUCGUUAAUAAUAAAUUUUAAGUUUUAUAAAGUAAUUUUUU